GCAUAUUAGUUUGCCAGUUAAUGCGAGUCUGUACAAUUGUAAUUUGUAUCAUCUUAUUAUUUACUUAAAUUUAAACAACAAUGAGCAAUUUAUAUUUGCUCAUUGCUGUAUUAAUCAGUUUAUUUGCUUCAUUAAACACUGUUGUAGGUCAAAAAAUUAACUAUACCGAUUUACCGUUAGAAGAUGAUGAUGAAAUUAAAUUUUUAACUUUUAAUGAAAGCGAUUUACCAAAUGAUGAUCCAUCUAAUCAAAAUGAUGAUCCUGUAAACCGAAAUCAGAAUGAAAACAAAACAAAUGUCAUAAAACCUGAAAGAAGAAAUAAAAUAAAAGGUAAGGUAGACAAAUGCAAAACGACGUUCCAAGCACCGAAUAAUUCUCAGACUCUUUGUUCGUCAUUGACAAACACUUGUCGAGCAACAUGUAAUGAAGGAUAUAAGUUUCCUAAAGGGAAUUUUACUUUGGUAUUUAUAUGUGAAGGUGACAAAUACAAAAUUAAAGGCACCAAUUUAUUUGAUGUACCAUUUUGCCAACCUAUUUGUGACCCUCCAUGUGAAAAUAACGGUCAAUGUGAAAAACCUAACACAUGUAAGUGUUCUGAAAAUUAUGCUGGAGAAUUUUGCCAAAUAAAGGAUACAUCAUUGUACCAUCUAAAAGAACAUAAAGAAGCAAGUUCUGAUUUAAACCAAGCACCAAGUAAUAUAAUAUUUCCUGAUGAAUUUCCAAACCUUAAGACAGUUGUAAAGCAAUCAAAUUCAAGUUGUCACGGAUUUCCUCACACACCAAUGAACUCGUAUAAGAAGUGCAAAUCAGACGUAUGUACAAUUAGUUGCCUCGAAGGACAUAAAUUUUCUGACGGAACGUCUGUCACUGAUUUAUUUUGUAAAAAUGGAGUUUGGUUACCUGGAAAUAAUGAAUGGCUCAUAGUUCCCAACUGCGUUCCUAUUUGUGAACCAUCUUGUUUAAAUGGUGGAAAUUGCAUUAGCCCCAACACGUGUCAAUGUCCGACAGAUUUUAAAGGACCCCAAUGUCAAUAUCCUGAAAGUUCUUGUGAUAUUAUGAAAUUAAACUUUAAUGGAAAUUUUAAAUGUUCUGACAAUGAUGUAAACAAUAAUUGUACACUGUGGUGUCCUCAAGGAUCUAUUUUAGAACCAUACCGUUCAUCAGAAAUCGAAUAUACUUGUUUAUAUGAAACUGGAAGUUUCUCACCCAAACAUAUACCACAAUGUGUAUUUAAUAACCAAUUAACACCUGUUAAAGUUAUAACUUCGGUCAUUGAAGUGACUGAAACUUACCAUAUACAUCCUAGUAGUUGUAUUACUUGGGGUUAUGGAAAUUAUAAAACAUUUGAUGGAAGAGUUUACAGCAUUCAUAGUGAUUGCACAUUUACUUUAAUUAGCGAUGUUAAAUCUAAUUUAUUUCAAGUACAAGCACAAACUUAUCUAGGAUCAAUAAGUCAUAUAAAUAUAUUUGUUGGGGGUAGUGAAUAUGCGAUAAAAAAAAAUAAUGAUAAUAGUAUCACUCUUGUAAGUAAUAAAAUAUCACACACUAUACCAAUUGAGCUUGCAGAUAUUGGCGUUGAAAUUCUCGGAGGACAGACAGUUUUAACCAAUUUGCGUAAUGCUAAUGUAAAAAUAUUUUGGAAACCAAAUGGUGUUUUACAAGUUGACGCUGGUAUAGAAAUUUGGAAUUCGACAGAAGGACUUUGUGGAAAUAUGGAUGGAAACCCAGAGAAUGAUUUAAUGUAUAAAAAUGUACCAGAUUUUGCUAGUAAAUGGCUCGUUAAUGGGUUUAAUGAAGUAUGUGAACGACCUAUUGAAGAAAUAAUUGAUGUCACAAAAGAAGUUUUUUAUAAAGCUGAAUUAUUUUGCUCAAUACUGAAGAAAGAAACUUUUAAAAAUUGUACAAAUAAGCAAUUAAAUACAGAAGCUUAUAUUGAAGUUUGUAAAAUGGAAUACAGUCAUUGUAUUUUGAAAAACGAUGAAAACUGUGGAUGUAACAGUAUUGCUAUUUACGUUCAAGAUUGCUUCGACGACAGCCGUAGAAUACUUUGGAGGGAUGAGCGUCUAUGUCCAUUUCAAUGUCCAAGUGGAAAAGUGUACUCCCAAUGUUUACCUGCUAUACAAAAAACUUGCUCAUUACCUUCUGAUUUAAAAAUUUUAAAUAACAAUGAACAUUGUGAAGAAGGGUGUAUUUGUCCACCAGGAUCUGUUGAAAAUAACGGUCAAUGUAUAUCCAAGGAUCAAUGCCCAUGUAAAAUGGGAAAUAUAUUUUAUAAAUCAGGAGAUAUAAUAUCUAAAGAAUGUAAUAAAUGCACAUGUAUUGGAGGUGAAUGGAGUUGUACUAAAGCUACUUGUCGAGCUGAAUGCUACGCUGUUGGUGACCCACAUUACAAAACUUUUGAUGGAUUAAAAUUCAACUUUAUGGGGUCUUGUUCGUAUUAUCUCAUUGUGUUACCUGAAUUCGCUAUAGAAGCAGAAAAUAUUCCUUGUGAUGGUACACUAUCACAGGAAUUUGUUUUCGAAAUGACACCAUUUUCGGGAAAAGGAACAUGUACAAAAUCACUAACUAUACAUAUUGGAAAUACUACCAAAAUUAAAUUAGGACAAAACAAAAUAGUUACUGUUAACGGUGAAAUUAUUGAUAAGUUACCAGUGUCUGUUUUUGAUUUAGCGUACAUAAGACACUUGUCAACAUUUUUUUUGCAAAUUGUAAUAUCAAAUGGCAUUGAAGUUCAAUGGGAUGGUGAAACAAGGCUUCACAUCUAUGCUAAUCCAGAGUUAAUAGGCAAAACAAAGGGAUUGUGCGGGACGUUUAAUGGUAAUCAAAAGGAUGAUUUUCUUACACCGGAAGGAGAUUAUGAAAUAGAUGCUGUAGCGUUUGCUAAUAAAUGGAAAACUAAAGAGAGCUGUAAAAAUAGUGAUCUAGAAGUGGCUUUACAAUCUCCUCAUCCCUGUGAUAUUAACAUUCAACAUAAAUAUACAGCAGAAAGUUAUUGUAAUAAUAUUACUGGCAAAUUAUUCUCAGAAUGUCAUAUAUUAGUAGAUCCUUCUUCAUAUUAUGAAGAUUGUCUUUAUGAUAUGUGUUCAUGCCACCCUGGUAAAUUUUCACGCUGUUAUUGUCAAAUAUUAGCUACAUAUGCUAUGGAAUGUAAUCACCAGGGUUUGAAUAUUGAUUGGAGAUACGAGGCUAGACAAUGCGGAAUUCAAUGUCCAGCUGGUCAGCAAUAUAACUCAUGUGGAAAUUCAUGUCAGCGCACUUGUCAUGAUAUGUCUAUAAUAAAUUCGUGUAAGUCAUCAUGCGUAGAAGGUUGUUAUUGUCCGCUUGGUUCUACUUUAUCAGAAUUUGGUGAAUGUAUACCAAUGUCUGAAUGUCCAUGUUAUUAUAAUGGUCAAAAGUAUAAUUAUGGACAAAAACGAAUGGACGGAUCAACCAAUGAUCUACAACUGUGUACAUGUAAAAGUGCAGCUUGGGACUGUAAACACGCCGAACCAUCAGAAAUUGAGUUAUGGAAAGAUGUUAAAACAACUUCCUGUAGUCAUCAAAAACACUUAGAAUUUACAGAAUGUGAACCCGUUGAACCAAUAACAUGUUAUAAUAUGCAUGAUCCUCCCCAAUUGACACCCGCAGUUUGCUAUUCUGGUUGCAUUUGUAAGAAUCCAUAUGUGCUCGAUUCAUAUAGCAAGGAAUGUGUUUUGCCCAAUGAAUGCCCUUGUCACCAUGGUGGUAAAAGUUAUAGCAAUAAUGAGACAUUUUUUGAAGGUUGCAAUAUUUGUGAAUGCCAAUUAGGAAAAUGGAAAUGUAGUAAUAAUGAGUGUAAUGGCGUUUGUUCAGCUUGGGGCGAUUCUCAUUUUCAAACGUUUGAUUCGCAUUAUUAUGAUUUUCAAGGAACUUGUGAAUAUAUACUAGCAAAAGGCACGUUAUCAGAUUAUGAAUCAUUUGUGACAUCAAUAGAUGUAGUACCGUGUGGAUCUACUGGUGCAAGCUGUAUAAAAUCAAUAACCUUAUCAGUUGGUAGUGGAUUAACAGUUGAAACUGUAAACAUGAGAAAUAAAAAUUAUUUACCAAAGUUAAACAGAAUAAUUAUCAAAGAAGUUGGACUAUUUAUUGUUGCUGAAGUACCAGAUAUGGGAAUAGUCAUACAUUGGGAUAAAGGUACCAGAGUACACUUACAACUUGAUCCAAAAUGGAAAAGCCAUGUGAAUGGAUUAUGUGGAAAUUAUAACGAUAACCAAAUGGAUGACUUCAUUACUCCUUAUGGUGGAAUACCAGAAGUUUCUUCUACAUUAUUUGGAGAUUCUUGGAAACUUCAGUCGUAUUGUUCAUUACCAACUGACGUCCGAGACGCUUGUCUUAUACAUCCACAUCGAAGAGAAUGGGCAAACAAAAAGUGUGGUUUGCUAAAAUCAUCACUCUUUAAAUCAUGUCAUCCACAUGUUUUGGUUGAAAACUAUUUACAACGGUGUAUUUAUGAUACAUGUGCUUGCGAUCAAGGAGGUGAUUGUGAAUGCCUAUGUACAGCUAUAGCAGCUUAUGCUCAAGAAUGCAGUAUCCAUGGCAUUAAUAUUAAAUGGAGAUCUCAAGAUUUAUGUCCUAUUCAAUGUGAAAAUGGAACAUUUUAUGAAUCAUGUAUUCCACCCUGCUCUUUCAAGUCAUGUGACGAUUUUAUUUCAAAUACAGAAUUGUGUGAUAAAAAAUUAUGUGUUGAAGGUUGUGUAAGAACUCAUUGUCCGCAAGGUCAAGUUUACUCAAAUUAUUCUUCUAAAUUAUGCGUUCCCAUUAACUCUUGUAAAAUACCUUGUCAGAUUGUAGGAAUCAAUGAAGUCUACAACGAAGGUGACGUAAUUCUAGAAGAUGAGUGUCAUAGAUGCUUUUGUUCUAAAAAUAAAAAGAUAUGCAAAGGACAACCAUGUGAUCAAACAAUAAGACCAUACAGUACAAUUGAUGAAAUUUAUACUACUACUGAUUUACCUUUCACUUCAACUACAAAACUUUCAUUGUCAACACAAAUAACAGAUAAUAAAUGUAUAUCAGGAUGGAGUAAGUGGAUUAAAAAAAGUUUCCACAAUAGUAAACUUGGAGUGCAGUCUUUCCCUUCUAUUGAAGAAUUUAAAAACAUAGAAUUAAAUAUAAAUAAAGAAGAAGAUUUAGGAAUAUGUUCUUUUGAAAAUAUUAUUGAUGUUCAAUGUCGUUCCUUGAAAGCGAUAAAAGGCAUUAAGGAAAAAUUUGAACAGAUAGACUGUACUGUGGAUAAUGGAAUAAUGUGUAAUAAUGAUUGCAAGGACAUUGAAAUCCGUAUCAAUUGUGAUUGUGGAGAUACUGAAGAUACAAUGCAAAAUAAAGUUAUAAAAAACAGUAGAAACAGAACUAUUACUCGUCUUGUUUGUCCAGUAGGAUUAAAAUGUAAAGUUAUGUGUAACCAAAUGUGUCAAUCAUUUGAAAAUAGUAUAAAAACCACAAAAGUGUGUGAUUCUUCACAAAACUGUAUUUCUGGUUGUGUAAGUGAAUUAGAAAAAUUGAAUUCCUGUCCAGAAGGGUGGAUGUGGAGAGACAAAGAUACCUGUGUUCAAAAGAAUGAUUGUACUUGUUACUCGAGGAAUGGAACAUUAGUAAAGCCGGGUGGAAUUUUUAAAGAAGACUGGUGUACAAUUUGUCAAUGUAUAAAUAAUGCGUAUGUGUGUGAUGACUCAUCUUGUAAUAUUCAUGCAGCAAAUAUUGAAAAACAUGAAUAUACUACUUCUCCUGUAAAUGGAAUUUCAAUAGAGUUGGGACAUGAAUAUACUACUCAACAAUAUUUUGAAAAAACGCAGUUAUAUAAUAUUAUGUCUACAGUAAUAAGUACUGCACCUAGCACUAUGAAACCUAUAGAAACAACAUCCACAAAAAGUUAUACUGACAAAAUUAUAAUAAACGAACUAGAAACGACAUCUGAAAAUACAUUAUAUGUUCCAUUAAGUGUGUCUCCUCCAACUAUUCAUUGCGAUAAUAAUCAAGUGGAAAGUAUAUCUUCUAAUUUGGGGCCUAAAUCAUUUAACGCUAGUUCAUGGUACAGCCCUAAUACCGAGCCUUACUAUUCGCAAAUGGAUUCAGCAGAUAAUGGAUUUUGGAGACCAGCAGAAUCGAAAGAAAAUGAAUACUUGCAAAUAGAUAUUGGAUAUAUAGAAUCAAUAUAUGGGGUUGAAUUAGCUGGGAAUCCGUCUUAUGAUGAAUAUGUGACUAGCUAUAUAGUAGCAUUCAGUACAGAUGGAAUUGGUUUUAGCUAUGUAUCUUAUAAUGGAAUACCAAAGAUAUUUAGGGGACCAUAUGAUCAUAAAGUGAAAGAGAAACAAAUAUUUUUUUUACCAAUUGAAGCAAGGUAUAUCAGAAUAAUACCAAAAAGCUGGCAUAAUGAAAUUGCGAUAAAAAUCUCUCUGUUGGGCUGUCCAAUAAAAUCGACUACUUUAGAGUUCACAACUUAUACAACUGUUAGACAAACUUUAACUUCUAUGUGCUCCGAACCAAUGGGAAUUGAAUCAGGUUUGUUAAACGAUGGUAUGAUUACGGUAUCUUCUUCUUUAAAUAAUGAUUUCCAUUCACAUGAUUUGUCACUUAGCAGCAAUAAAUCAUGGAUUCCAUUUACCGCUUCUACAAGUCAAUGGAUUCAGAUUGAUUUUACUGGACCACGUAUAAUAACUGGAAUUGAAUCAAAAGGCAACCCUCCAACUAACAGCAUUGGAAAUGCUUGGAUUGAAGCUUUCAAAAUUGUUUACAGUAAUGAUUUAAUUAAUUGGAAUAAAAUAUUGGAUUCAAGAGCAGAUGAAAAAAUAUUUACUGGAAAUUUUGACAGUGAUAAUGCACAUAAAACGUACUUUGAUACUCCUAUACGAGCAAGAUAUAUUAGAAUAUACCCAGAAAAAUGGCAAAAUAAACCUGCCUUAAGACUUGAAAUACUUGGUUGCUUUGAAAAAUAUAUGACAGCACACAUUUUUUUAAACGAAUUAACAGAAAAGCCUACAAUAAUGAAGGGAAAUUGUAACAUAUGUCCUGGAAUAAUAAGUUAUGAUUGUAUUUGUUCUCCAGAAAAAUGGUGGAAUGGAGAAUCUUGUAGUUUACGUUCGGAAUGUCCUUGCGUCAUAGGUGUUAUGACUUAUCAAGUGGGCACAGUAUAUGAUUUAGAAAACUGUCAGCAAUGUAUUUGUACACUAGGUGGUAUUCCUAGCUGUUCUCAUAAAAUUUGUCCACCUUGUCCACCCGGGAAAAUAUCUGUAACAUCUAUAUCAAAUUGUGAUUGUACAUGUGAAUAUUGCAAAAAUGGAACUAGAUUAUGUCAAACUUCAAAUAUUUGUUUGAAUGAAUCUUUUUGGUGUAAUGGAAUACAGGAUUGUCCUGAUGAUGAAGUCAAUUGUCCAUCAAUAAUCACAACCACUCCAAUGACUACUACAGAAUAUACAGAAGUAAUACAAUUUAAUAUACCAGUAAUUCCAAAUAAAGUAAAAAAAGUAAGCGAAUGUCCUGAAAUUAAAUGUCCUGAAGGAAAAAUUGCAAAAAUUUUAAACACUAUUAAAUUUAAAUCAUUAAAAUCUAAUCGUAAAGUAAGAAGUGCUGAGGUAAUUUCAGAAGACCCAUGGCCUUCUCCAUUUAGCCCUGUAACUAAUUUGGCUGCUUCAUUGAAAAAAAGUCAUCGUGAUCCAGUAUUUAGCACCAAAGGAAAUGUUAUUCGAAAAGGAAGUACUUCUUAUACUAGUUACAAUUAUGGUGGAAUUAAAAGCGAGAAUCAGCAGCCUAUUUGUAAACAGUGGAUAUGUGAAGAACAAGUAAAGCAAGUAGAAUGUAAAACACCACCAUUAUCAUGUCCUGAAGGUUAUUUUUUACAAAUGACACCAAAUAAAAAUGAAAUUUGCCCUGUUUACACAUGUGUAUCCAGUUAUUUAGAGGAAAAAGAAUGUGAAAUUGAUGGCAGAAUAUUUAGAACAUUCGAUGGAAUAACUUAUAAGUAUGAAGUUUGUGAUCACAUUAUUGUCAGAGAUCGAGUAUAUAAAAAAUGGAUGAUAAAACAAAUCCGUCGGUGUCCAUAUGUUGGGGCUUGUCAACAAUCAUUAUGGCUUCAGCAUAUGAAUCAUAUUAUUGAAUUUUUCCCAAAUAUGACAACAUUUUACGACGGUUAUCAAUACACUAUUAAUCAACUUCAAGUGAUUGGAAGCCAAACAGAACAAUUUGCUGUGAAACAAGUUCAAACUAACUAUGUUAUAUUUGCCAGCACUUUGGGUUUCAAUUUAAUUUGGCAAGUCAAUGGAAAUGUUAAAAUUAAAUUAAAUGCUUUUUAUACUGGAAGAGUUGAUGGGCUUUGUGGAUUCUUUGAUAACAACCCCAAAAACGAUAAAGUUAAACGUGAUGGUAACAUUGCAGCAACUACAUCUGAGUUUGGAAUAUCAUGGGCAGAUUCAAGUCAACUGUGUGAAGCAAAAAUUUGCCCAGUAUAUAUUCAAAAAGAAGCAAUUAAAGCUUGUGAAAUAUUUAAAUCACAACCUUUAAGUCGAUGCGGUGAUUUUGUAAAUAUUGAUGAAUUUAUAAUGAAAUGUGUGGAGAAAAUUUGUUCAUGUUCAGAAAAUUCUGCAAAUGAUGCAUCAGAAUGUCGUUGUAAAGCAAUAUCUGGUUUAGUAACUCAAUGUUAUACUAUGAAUUCUAGUGUAGAGCUCUCAGAUUGGCGAUUAUUACAUGACUGCCCUGUAAAUUGUCAUGCUCCAUUUGUUUAUAAAGAUUGCUUUAAUAAAGCAUGUGAGCCAAAUUGUGAUAAUCUAUUACAAAACGAUCCAUGCCCACAGCUACCUGGAGUUUGCUUCCCAGGGUGUUAUUGCCCUGAUGGUUAUAUCAGGGAAUAUGGAAGUUGUAUUAAACCAUCUAAAUGUAGAAAUUGUAUUUGUGAAGGAUCUGGUACUAGCCAUUACACGACUUUUGAUAAAGUUGAUUAUGAUCACAAGCAAAAUUGUUCUUACAUUCUUGUGAAAACUACAAAGGAAAACGAUUUAGUUAAACCGGGAUUUACGAUAAUAGAAACAACUGGAAAGUGUUCUAAUCCUUUAUUCAAUAAUGGAAUCUGUGUACAGAAUAUAUCCAUUAUUCAAACAACUAAUAAUUUAAGUUUGUCAUAUAAUGAGGAUGCUUCUAAGAUUUUAGUAUUCAUCGAUGAUAACGAAAUUACUAAAUUACCAUUUUCCAAUAAUUGGAUGUUACUAACUGAAUUGCCAGGAAAAUCUGUUACUGUAAAUUUACCAAAUUUAGAAUUAGAAAUUGUGUUCAUGGUUAAAAAUCAAGGAUUUUCCAUAAAACUACCAUCACAUUUGUACUAUGGUAAAACCGAAGGGUUAUGUGGUAGUUGCAAUGGCGAUUCUACUGAUGAUAUGGCUACACCUGAUGGAAAUAUUCCAAAUAACAUAGAUGAAUUUGUGAUAAGUUGGAAAACUAGUUUAACAGGUAUUGAUAAAUGUGAAGCAAUUAAAAAUGAAGAAAAUAAAGAAAAAUGUAAGAUUCCUGCUCCCGAUAUGGAUCCCUGUCUGAAAUUAAUGGACAUCCAAUUAUUUGGCCAAUGUCAUCCAAUUGUUGACGUUGAGAUAUAUAUAAGAAAAUGUCAUUUAAUGUUAUGCGAAGGUCUUGAGGGCGUAUUUUGUCACUCAUUAGAAUCUUAUGUACGUGAGUGUCAAUCAUUUGGUGUGUGUUUAAACUGGAGAUCACCAAAUUUGUGCCCUUAUACGUGUCCUCAAGGUUUAAUAUAUCAAGCAUGUACAACUGGUUGUGAAGAAACUUGUGAUAAUUACAAAGUCUCACGUUCUGGAGGAAAUUCAUGUAAUGGUCAUUCAACCGAAAUGUGUGUUUGUCCUUCAGGCCAAGUGUUUAAAAACAGCUCGUGUGUUGAUGAAGCCCGAUGUGAACCCUGUGAUAAUGAAAAUCAUUUUGUUGGCGACUCAUGGUUAGUUGAUAAAUGUACCACAUGUACUUGUUCUCCAGGCUUAAAAACUAUUCACUGUGAAAGAAAGCCAUGUCCUACAUCUUCAUUUUCUAUUUGUCAAAUUGGCUAUAAAUCAGUAAAAGAUGAACAGAACUCUGAUGAAUGUUGUGAUGUUUUUAAAUGCAUUCCAGAAGAAAACGUUGUGCAAAAUUGCACAGAUAUCAUAAUGCCUGUAUGUGCUAAAGAUCAGAUUGUCAAAAUGGAAUUAUCUACAAAUGGUUGUAAAAAAUUUAUCUGUGAGUGUAUACCUAGAGAUCAAUGUCAUUCGACAUUGCCCGAUCAAGAUGUUGAGCUUUUACCAGGUAUGGUAAAUGUGAUGAAUUAUCAAGGAUGUUGUCCAACGUUCCAAGCAAUUUGUCGGUCAGAUACUUGUCCUGAUCCAAAACCAUGUGAUAUGUAUUAUAAAAAAAUAAAUAUUGAUAAUCAUUCUUGCUGUCCACAUUAUAAGUGUGAAUUGCCAAAUAAUACGUGUAUUUAUGAGUAUGAGUGGAUUGCCUCUGCUGAGGGAGGAGAACGCAAGAGGUACAACGAUGAAAAAACUGUUGAUUUGAAACAAAAUGGCGAUACUUGGGAAGAUGGUCCCUGUCGAACAUGUUUGUGUGAUAUGAAUUCUAGAAAAGGAAUUUGUAAUAAAAUUGAAUGUCCUUCUUCACCUGUUAGUUUGAACUAUGUAAUAAUAGCCAAAUUUAAGUAUGGCCAAUGUUGUCCGAUUUAUAAAAAAGAAGCAUGUAUUUACCAUGGAAAAAUAUUUAACGUGGGAAGUGAGUGGUCUUCAUCAGAUCCUUGCAAAACUUUAAGUUGUAAACAAGAUAGUAAUGAUGAAGUAUAUAUCCACGAAUCCGAGAAAAACUGUAACACUGAAUGUCCUUUGGGUUGGAUUUAUGAUAAACCUAGCUCUAGUAAUUGCUGUGGAUCAUGCGUUCAAGUAAAUUGUGUUAUGCAAAAUAAAAUUUAUGCUGAGAAUGAAACGUGGACUUAUGAUAAUAAUUGUACAACUCAUAUUUGUACAAAAUCAGAAUUCAAUGAAUUUAAUAUUGUAUCUGUAUAUCAGUCUUGUCCGAAUAUUGGUGACUGCCCUGAAAAUAAAAUAUACAUUGAUGGCUGUUGUGAACGUUGUAACAAUACUGAGAUACCUGUAAGUGAUAAAGUAUUAUGUGCUCCAGAAAGUUUACCUCUUAAUCAAACAGUUGGGCUUAUCACUGAAGAAAAUCCAUUCCACGAUUUUUGUGCUAAUAUAGAUGCUAUUGUUGGUUUCACGGAGUGCAGAGGAAUGUGUGAUUCUUAUACAUAUUUUAACAAAAAAACAAUAAAACAUGAUUCUAAGUGUCAAUGUUGCCAAGCCAUCCGGUAUGAAAAAUUGUCUGUACCUUUAAUAUGCAAAGAUGGCCAUACGUACAAAAAAACGGUUGCAGUUCCUUCAUCUUGUUCAUGUGCGUCCUGCUCAGGUGAAAGUUUUUCAAUAAAAAAAUCAAGAAAACUAUAGGUUUCUUAAUUAUCUGAUUUUAGAUUGAUAAGUUAUUAUUUUAGAUUUCAUUCAUUAUUAGCAUUAAUUAAAUAUACUAGUGACUUACAUAUUAUUUAAGAUUAUUACAAUCAAUUUAUUUAUUUAUUGUAGCUAUUUAAACUAAUAAUUGAAAAUUUUAUGAAUUGAAAAUAAUUAUUU